UAUCGGUAGCUUCUUUGUCGUUCAAACAAUUUUAAAUGUGGAAGUUGAUUUGUAGUCAUGCAAUUUAAUGGUGUCAUUAUGGACAGUACGAUUUUAUUGCUGUGUAGAUUUUAAAUUGAAAAGUAACCAUAGUUUGUGCUUCGUAUUUCCUUGAUGUUCCACUCGAUCUGUUAGUGUUUGGUUAGGAUUUUGUAAUUUAGCAAUUGAUAUUGUUUAACGAAGUUUGUAAUGUACUAUAUCGUCGCGUAUUUCUACAAGUUUCUUUUAUAUUUAUUACUAACGUAAUUUUAAAUCCAAAGAAUUAGUAAGUGAGAUACGAUGUUGUCACUUUGGUUUUGCGAAAUUUGAAUUUAAAUCGAAGUUUCCACAAAAAUUGCUACGAAGCUUUCACGAUGACCGAAAAAGAAGGGAACGACGCAAUUACAAAUGAAAUUGCUAAUAAAUCCGAGGAACCAGGAGAUAGUUCGCACGAGGAAACGCCAGCUAAUCUCGAAACGAUUCCUUCGGAAACAGCUUUAGUUCGAAAUGAAAGUCAGACAGCUUCUAAGGACAAAGCAAAAAUUGAUAUUUUAUUAAAAGCAACUGGUAAUGCACCGAUAAUGAAACAAAAGAAGUGGGCUGUCAGUCAAGAUUACUGUAUUGGUAAAAUAUCAGAUUUUAUCAGAAGGUAUCUUAAAUUAGAUUCCAAUGAAAAACUAUUUCUGUAUGUAAAUCAAACGUUUGCACCAGCUCCUGAUCAGGUGGUCAAAAAUUUAUAUGACUGCUAUGGAGCAGAUGGAAAAUUAAUACUUCACUAUUGUAAAAGUCAAGCUUGGGGCUGAAGGUUUCUUCAAGAAUAUUUCUUUCUUGUGAAUGUUAUGUAAAUGUAUAGAAACAUUUUAUCGCCAUCAUUAAUGACUAAAUAUGCCAACGUUCAGUUAUACCAUAUUUUAAUAAGUAUUAUAAAUUUAAUCAUGGGCGGUUCUUAUGACAUAAUCUUUUGAUCUUUCUAUGAUAUAUCUGGCAUAGUGGUAUAGUAAUUAUAAAAAUAUUGUUUAAAUCUAUACUACUAUUGUAUGAAAUUUGUUUUUUAUUUUAUUUUCUUGUUUGCUCCCUUGAAGAUUAAAGAGCAAAGUAUGGCAAGAAAGAAGCUUUAUGGAUAAGAAAAAACCCAAUCGUCUUGAAAGCUGUAUCUGUAAUCUUAAUAUGAGUCACGUCCGCGUUCCAUCAAAUGACUUCUAAAAAGAAGGUAUGCGCCAUUUUAAUAAAAUUGUUAAUUUUCUUCAAGAAAAAUUUUGUCGUUGUUUCCGCAGAUCUGAACAUUCUUUUACGUUUUUUCUAUGUAUUUGUACACGGAGGCCAUUUCAGAAUCUAUCGUUGUCACAUAGGUCCCUUAUUACAGGGUGAUUUGAUAUCUGAAAUUGGAAUUGAUC